CUGCCGUGCGAGGGCGUCAUGCCGCCCAAAACCCCCCGUAGAGCAGCAGCCGCCGCCGCCGCCGCGGAGCCCCCGCCGCCGCCCCCGCCGCCCCCGCCGCCCCCUCCUGAGGAGGACCCCGAGCAGGACAGCGGCCCCGAGGACCUGCCUCUGGCCAGACUUGAGUUUGAAGAAACUGAAGAACCUGAUUUUACCGCAUUAUGUCAGAAAUUAAAGAUACCAGAUCAUGUCAGAGAAAGAGCUUGGUUAACUUGGGAGAAAGUUUCAUCUGUGGAUGGAGUCUUGGAAGGUUAUGUUCAAAAGAAAAAGGAACUAUGGGGAAUCUGUAUCUUUAUUGCAGCAGUUGACCUAGAUGAGAUGCCGUUCACUUUCACUGAGCUGCAGAAAAACAUUGAAACCAGUGUCUAUAAAUUUUUUGACUUACUAAAAGAAAUCGAUACCAGUACCAAAGUUGAUAAUGUUAUGUCAAGACUGUUGAAGAAGUAUAAUGUGUUGUGUGCACUCUACAGCAAAUUAGAAAGGACCUGUGAACUUAUAUAUUUGUCACAACCCAGCAGUUCGAUAUCUACGGAAAUAAAUUCUAUGUUGGCGCUAAAAGUUUCUUGGCUCACAUUUUUACUAGCUAAAGGGCAAGUUUUACAAAUGGAAGAUGAUCUGGUGAUCUCAUUUCAGUUAAUGCUGUGUGUCCUUGACUAUUUUAUCAAACUCUCACCUCCUGCAUUACUCAAAGAACCAUAUAAAACAGCUGUAAUACCUAUUAAUGGUUCGCCUCGAACACCAAGGCGAGGUCAGAACAGGAGUGCACGGAUAGCAAAACAACUAGAAAAUGAUACAAGAAUUAUUGAAGUUCUCUGUAAAGAACAUGAAUGUAAUAUAGAUGAGGUGAAAAAUGUUUAUUUCAAAAAUUUUAUACCUUUUAUGAAUUCUCUUGGAAUUGUAGCUUCUAAUGGACUUCCAGAGGUGGAAAGUCUCUCUAAACAAUAUGAAGAAAUUUACCUUAAAAACAAAGAUAUAGAUGCAAGAUUAUUUCUGGAUCAUGAUAAAACUCUUCAGGCUGAUCCUACAGACAGUUUUGAAAUGCAGAGAACACCACGAAAAAGUAACCCUGAUGAAGAGGUAAAUGUGAUUCUUCCACAGACUCCAGUUCGGACUGUCAUGAAUACUAUCCAGCAAUUAAUGAUGAUCUUAAAUUCAGCAAGUGAUCAACCGUCAGAAAAUCUGAUUUCCUAUUUUAAUAAUUGCACAGUGAAUCCAAAGGAAAGUAUCCUGAAAAGAGUGAAGGAUAUUGGGUGCAUCUUUAAAGAGAAAUUUGCUAAAGCUGUGGGACAGGGAUGUAUGGAAAUUGGAUCACAGCGAUACAAACUUGGAGUCCGAUUGUAUUACCGAGUAAUGGAAUCCAUGCUUAAAUCAGAAGAAGAACGAUUAUCCAUUCAAAAUUUUAGCAAACUCCUGAAUGACAACAUCUUUCAUAUGUCUUUGCUGGCAUGCGCUCUUGAGGUUGUAAUGGCUACAUAUAGCAGAAGUACAUCUCAGAAUCUGGAUACUGGAACAGAUUUGUCCUUCCCUUGGAUUCUGAAUGUACUUAAUUUAAAAGCUUUUGAUUUUUACAAAGUGAUUGAAAGUUUUAUCAAAGCAGAAGCCAACUUGACCAGAGAAAUGAUUAAACAUUUAGAACGAUGUGAACAUCGAAUCAUGGAAUCCCUUGCAUGGCUCUCAGAUUCACCUUUAUUUGAUCUUAUUAAACAAGCAAAGGACCGAGAAGGACCAGCUGAUCACCUUGAACCUGCUUGUUCUCUCAGCCUUCCUCUCCAGAAUAAUCACACUGCAGCAGAUAUGUAUCUUUCUCCUGUAAGAUCCCCAAAGAAAAAAGGGUCAACUACACGUGUAAAUUCUACUGCAAAUUCAGAGGCACAAGCAACCUCAGCCUUCCAGACUCAGAAGCCAUUGAAAUCUACCUCCCUUUCACUCUUUUACAAAAAAGUGUAUCGACUAGCAUAUCUUCGACUAAAUACCCUGUGUGCACGCCUUCUGUCUGACCACCCAGAACUAGAACAUAUCAUCUGGACCCUUUUCCAACACACACUGCAAAAUGAGUAUGAACUCAUGAGAGACAGGCAUUUGGACCAGAUUAUGAUGUGUUCCAUGUAUGGCAUAUGCAAAGUGAAGAAUAUAGACCUUAAAUUCAAAAUCAUUGUAACAGCAUACAAAGAUCUUCCUCAUGCUGUUCAGGAGACAUUCAAACGUGUUUUGAUCAGAGAAGAGGAGUAUGAUUCUAUUAUCGUAUUCUAUAACUCAGUCUUCAUGCAGAGACUGAAAACAAAUAUUUUGCAGUAUGCUUCCACCAGGCCCCCUACCUUGUCACCAAUUCCUCACAUUCCUCGAAGCCCUUACAAGUUUUCUAGCUCACCAUUACGGGUUCCUGGGGGGAACAUCUACAUAUCACCCCUGAAGAAUCCGUAUAAAAUUUCAGAAGGUCUACCUAUGCCAACAAAAAUGACUCCAAGAUCAAGAAUCUUAGUAUCAAUUGGUGAAUCAUUUGGGACUUCUGAGAAGUUCCAGAAAAUAAAUCAAAUGGUGUGUAACAGCGACCGUGUGCUCAAAAGAAGUGCUGAAGGAAGCAACCCUCCUAAACCACUGAAAAAACUGCGCUUUGACAUUGAAGGAUCGGAUGAAGCAGAUGGAAGUAAACAUCUCCCAGGGGAGUCCAAAUUUCAACAGAAACUGGCAGAAAUGAGGCUCAGCUCAGAGGCCUUCCUUGACACCCAAGCUAAAAUCCUUCCUCUGUACUGUGCCACUCUCCUUCAAAAGUGUAACAGCAUUCAUCACCGUCAGAAACUGCCUUACUCGGGUUGCCUAUUGCCUGUUUACCCACCCCGGCAUCAACCUGGCUGGCCUUACCUACUACUAUAGUUCUAGCAUCUAGAAGAAGCCCGUAUGUAGGGGGGAAAAAAGGUAUGUUUCCUGUAUGUUUUCCAAGUAUGUAGAAACAAUAUUCUCUUUCUCUUUGAAAAUGCCAUGUACUGAGUACCUACUGUAUUUCAGGCACAUUCUAAAUGUAAGUGAUACAACAACAAAUAAAUAAAAUGAAGAUUCCCCCUCUCUGUGGAAC